GUGGUCUUUGCUGUGUGCCUCUUUUCCAGUGGUGGGACCAUCCUAUUUCUUACAACAAGGACUGCGGAAAAGUCCUUGGAACGUCUUGCCAAUGAUUACCAGCAAAGCAUCAUGGAUAGGGCACUAGACAGCAUCAGCAACCUCUUUGCCUCAGAAGCUGCGUGUAUUCAGUCCUUGGCUGGAUACAUUGAGCUUGCCGAAAGUGACUACAGACUUCCCAACACUACUGAACGAGUUAGAGACCUGCUGGUCUAUCAAGCUACCUUGAGCACACUUAGCAGUGGAUGCGAACUCGACGGGGUAGGCGUGUUCUUCGACAGUGGAAGGUACUUCUACCUUGAAAGGCCAACAAACGCGAGUGAUCCCUUGGCCAACGGAACCCUCACCAUACGGUUUAAUAGGGACUUGACAGCCCCUCUUGGAGGCGCGACGCUGCCUCAGUUUAUCAGCAUGGUGAAUGCUACUACGGGUGAACCCCUCAGCGGUGAUCGUAGCCGGGUCACUCUUGGGGCCCCACAAGAGUACCGCAAUCGGUCCUGGUACCAGGAUGCGAUGACCUCAGCGAACGGCAAGUCCUUGGAGAUCCGGGUCGGGCCAAACGGACGGCCUGCGCUUGUGGCCGCUCAACGGGCCAUUCUUUCCACCUCUCACAGCGGAAGCCGCAUAUGGAAGACAGCGACGGGUAUCGGUGUAGCUAUUGCCUUUGUCGGCUGCCUCGUCGUGUACCUGCUGACAAAUCCCAUCACGAAGGAGAUGCGCUUGAAAGCGGAGCUCCUGAGGAAUAUGGAAUUAAGGCAGCACGCAGAAAUGAGGGAAGAGAUCAAGACCAAGUUUAUGGCGACCAUCAGGUGA